AAUUGUCACCUGUCAGUUGUCAAUCACGAAGUUUUUUUAGGAUUGUUAUUCGUGUUAUUUCUAAGUCACUAAUAAAAUAAUCAUAAAAAUUUGUUCAUUGAGUAAAGAUUUCCUUGCUAAAUUCAAUGUUACUUUGCUAUAACUGGACACCGACGGACCCGCUUUUUAUUGUUGACCCACGCUAUAUUCACUGGACUUUGAUUAGCCUCUCGAUUUAGUUACAACUGCCGGCGAUGCCGCAUAGUUUAACCAUAAAGUGCUGUGUGCCUAACUGCGGCAAAACGCGAUUGGAUGGAACAAUCUUACACAUUUUUCCCAAUCCUGAAAAAGACCCUGACCGGUUUCGGACUUGGCUUUAUGCAAUUGGUGGAGAUAUACUGGCACUGGAAAACAAGAAGAUUUUUAAGUAUCGGAGAGUAUGUCAUCAUCAUUUUCAAACUCGGUUCUAUACAACAAGCAAUAGGUUAUGUGCUAAUGCUGUACCAACACUAAAUUUACCAGGAAAAAAACCCGUGUUUACCGGCUUGCAGAAUGUAACAAGGAAUCUCAUGUCUAAAAGCCUUUAUUAUAGUGAAUUUGGAGAUCCACUGAAUGUGGUUAAAUUUAGGGAAAUUGAAGUGCCUCCUCUAAAAAGCCAAGAAGUUCUAGUCAGGAUGCUAGCAGCACCAGUCAACCCAGCGGACAUUAAUACUAUACAAGGGAAAUACCCUGUUAAGAUUACUCUGCCUGUGAUACCCGGAAAUGAAGGUGUAGGAAUUGUUGAAGAAAUUGGCAGCGAUGUUAAAAAUAUAUGCCCGGGGAACAGAGUAAUAGUAAUUGAGCCUAUGCAAGGUACCUGGCGAGAUAUUGGUGUCUUUAGCAAAGAUGUUUUGCGAGUUGUUCCAGAUAAUUUAGGGUUAGUCGAAGCAGCCACACUCACAGUCAACCCUUGUACUGCAUAUAGGAUGCUGUCUGACUUCAAAAAUGUAAAGGAUGGUCAGGUUGUUAUACAAAAUGGAGCCAACAGUGCUUGUGGACAAAAUGUUAUUCAAAUAUGUAAAGCUUGGGGGAUAAAAAAUAUAAAUAUUAUCAGAAGCAGACCUGAAAUCAACGAACUGAAAAAAUAUUUAGAAUGUUUAGGGGCUACUUAUGUUCUCACAGAGGAAGAGUUAAGAACCACAACUUUGUUCAAGGAAAAACAAAUUAGGAAGCCAAUAUUGGCUCUAAAUUGUGUUGGUGGGAAAAGCGCAUUAGAAAUUGUAAGGCAUUUAGAUAAGAAUGGUGUGAUGGUAACUUAUGGAGCGAUGUCGAGGGACCCAGUGACCAUUCCAAAUGCGGCACUUAUUUUCCAAAACAUAUCAUUCCAUGGAUUUUGGAUGACUGCUUGGAGGGAAGAAGCUACAGAAGAUGAGAAAGAAAAAAUGAUGGCAGAUAUUGUUAGUUUGAUGUGUGAGAAGAAACUUGUAGGGCCAGUCCAUAAGAUGGUAAAAUUUGAAAAUUAUGAAGAAGCACUUGGUAAUGCAUUGUCAUCCAAAGGCUUCACUGGCUGUAAACACUCUAUCCGACCCUAUUUACCCUGUAUUGCUGGAGAUGAAGGGGUAGGAGAAAUUGUGGAAAUUAAUGAUCAUGUUUGCACAGUAGUACCAGGCGAAAGAGUUGUAUUAACUUCAAGGAUGCGUGGAACAUGGAACGUCUAUGGGAUUUAUCAUGAACGAGAUGUGCAUGUAAUUUCUCCCAAAAUCCCCCUCCCUGAAGCGGCAAUGUUGACCAUAUCUCCCUGCGCUGCUUAUCGAAUGCUUAAAGAUUUUAGAUUAGUAAGACCUGGUGAAACUGUUAUUCAAAAUGCUGCCAACAGCCCUUGUGGUCAAUGUGUAAUACAGUUCUGUAAAGCUUGGGGCAUCAAUACAUUCAAUAUUGUAGCGAAUCAUUGUGGUUAUGAAAAUGUGAAGAAACAUCUUCUCAGCAUUGGCGCCACUGCAGUCUACACUUUGGAAGAGGCCCAGGAACUUACGACUUUUGACACGACUCUAAUGAGACCUGUCUUAGGGUUGAAUUGCCUUGGUGGUAAAUUUGAAGAUGUUAUGCUUAGACUGCUCGAUCGUAACGGGACCAUGGUGUAUUACGGUUGUGCAUUUGACCUGCCGAUCGCAAAGCAUGUUUUACGCAACGAUGUACACUUUAAUAAAUUUGACUUGAGCCAUUGGGAUGCUCGUGCAAGUGUUCUAGAGAAAGACAUUAUGAUGAAUAACAUUACUCAACUGAUGGUUAUCGGUAAAUUCAUAGCUCCAGUACAUGAGCCCCUAGAACUCAAAGACUAUGUCCACGCUUUUCAAAAUACUUCAAAUUGUGAAGCGUUUUCUAUCUGUAAUUACGUGUUUGAUUUUACUUUGCCUUAAAAUUGAGUUCGGGUUAGGUGUUUGAUGAAAAAAGGAUUCCUCUAUUUUUCUAAUUCAUUAGGUAUUUUUACAGUGUAAUUUAUGAAAAGAACUC